AUGAAGAGGAAGAAAAGCUGUAAUGAUCCUCCCUCCUCCUCCUCCUCGAAGAAGAAAUGUAAUCAUACUUCCUCCAUUGAUCCCACCUCCACCAAUCCCACCUCCUUCAGUCCAGUUGAUCCCACUGUUAAUCAUCCACCAAGUUCAUCCAACCCCAAUCCAAGUUCAUCCAACCCCAUAUGCAAUGAAGACAUAUCUUUCUUCAACAAAAAUUGCAAACAAUGGUAUGAGAACUUCUUUAAUUAUAGGCCUUUGUUAUUGGAGAGGUUUGUUUUAAUAGAUCAAUUAAAAGAGGAAGGAUGUAAUGUUAUUUUUUCUCUUCAUCAAUGGAAUUCUGCAAUAGAUAUCAAGAAGACAGAUAAAGCAUAUAAUACAUUGGUGAAGAUAUUUUAUUCUAAUAUGCAUGAUAUUGAUAGAGAUGAUCACAAGUUUAAGUCCCUUGUGAGGAACACAAGUUUUGAAAUAACUCCAGAGUUAGUUUCAAAAAUAUUGGGAGUUCGCCGACCCUUCAUUCCUAACAAUACCCUUACCUAUCCAUUCAAGAAUUUUAAGGACAUAUCUAAGCUGAAAGAUGUUCAUGCAAAAAUUAAGGCUGGUGUCCCAAAUUCUUUCACAAUUGGUGUCCCAAAUUCUUCCACAGCUGGUGUCCCAAAUUCUUUCACAAUUGGUGUCCCAAAUUCUUCCAAAGCUGGUCUUCCUCCUGAUCCAUUGCAGAUAUAUGGAAUGUUGCUGGUGGUUAGUGCUUUGAGAUGGCAGGUUUUUAUGAUUAGACCUAAGAGGGAGGAUGGGAUAUUGGUUAAGGUGAUGCUGCAAGAUCUUAAAAUUGUGUGUCCUUUGUCUGUGGUCACCUCAGUUAAAUGGAUCAAAUGGGAAUCCCUUCCUUUGAACAUGGUGAAAAUGAAUAUGGAUGGUGCCUCCAAGGGGAGUAGUGGUUUGUCUGGUGGUGGGUGUAAUGCCAGCAGCUGGAAGAAUGCUAUUACUCCAGGAUCAGGCAGAAUGAGGUGUGCCAUCAUAAGGAAUGGGGAUGAGUUUUGCAGAAUGCUCAACAGUUAUGCAAUUAAAACUGGUUUUGGUCCUCUUGAAGGAUUAAAGCCAGUUUAUGUAAUAUACAGUUUCAGACUGGGAAUAAGUGCUCAUUUUGAACUGUUGAAAGGAUGA